CACGCUUGACUUUUCCGGGUCGGGACUGGGAAGAAAAUAACUUCCUGUGACGGGGCUACGUCACUUCCUUUCAGGCUCGGCGUUUGGGUGGUGGGUCCCCACGCGCGUUCAACAUGCGUAUCGAGAAGUGUUAUUUCUGUUCGGGGCCCAUAUACCCUGGCCACGGCAUGAUGUUCGUCCGCAACGAUUGCAAGGUGUUUAGAUUCUGUAAAUCCAAGUGCCAUAAAAACUUUAAGAAGAAGCGCAAUCCUCGUAAGGUCAGGUGGACUAAAGCAUUCCGUAAAGCAGCUGGUAAAGAGCUUACAGUGGAUAAUUCAUUUGAAUUUGAAAAACGUAGAAAUGAACCUGUCAAAUACCAGCGAGAGCUGUGGAAUAAAACUAUUGAUGCAAUGAAGAGAGUCGAAGAGAUCAAACAGAAACGCCAAGCUAAAUUUAUAAUGAAUAGGUUAAAGAAAAAUAAAGAACUACAGAAAGUUCAGGACAUCAAAGAAGUAAAGCAAAACAUUCAUCUCAUCCGGGCCCCUUCUGCAUGCAAAGGAAAGCUGCUGGAAAACAAAAUGGUACAGAAAUUACAAGAGGAUGUGGACAUGGAAGUUGUUUCUGAGAAUCUUAACUGACUGUAACCAUUUCUAUGAAUUGGAAAAUCUUCUUUAGAGACUUAGAAGAAUGUCUAAAUUAUUUUUUUUCCAUAAGGUGACUCAUGAAAAUAUUAAAAAUACAUCUCUUCUACAUUGCUCUUGGCAAAACAUCAGCUAUUAUGGAUGCUAGAUUACAUCUCAAUGUUAAGCCUUUACUGAUAGAUGUAUUUGUGUAAAUCAUGAAAAUUCUGUAACCAUAGGGGUAAAUUGUGGAUAUAAAAUAGUCAUGCCACUUGGAUAAUGGCACUAGGCAGCAGUUAUGUAAUAACGAUGACAAAAAUUAUGGCUAGUGAUACAUAAAAUUUUUUUUUGCAGUAAAAAUAUUCCCUUUUUAAUGUUACAGAAAGGGGGAUACUACAAGGAGCUAAUACUCUAUAUGAUAAUUAGCCUCAAGUACUAAUAUCUUUUGAUUUCAGUAUUUCCAGUUUUGGUUUAUUAACAUCCGAAGAAGAACAUAAUGGCCUCAUAUAUUGAAGUCUAAUUCUGUCAGACUGUUUUAACUUGGUUUAACUGUUCAGAUAGGCAGUUGUGGAUGUUGAGGGUAACAGCUGUGUAGUCUGUUCCUGAAAUGGCACUGUACUCUAUAAUUUCCACUUUGAAGAAAAUUCUAACUUGAGAGAUUCCUAGUAAAACAAGCUUUAUUUUUCUAGCUCAGCAAUGAUUUAGAAGCAGAGGAAUUCAUUGCCUUAAAAAAAAAAAUUUAAAAGAAAAUUGAAUUUUGGGGUAGAAUGUCUAUACAUUAUUUGUACAUAAAAUCUUUUUUGCAGUAAGUACCUACAUAUUAUUGUAAAGGUACUAAACAAAGGUAUAAAGUAUUGAUAACUUGGAAGAAAAUAACUUCAUCCACAUGUACUACUGAAGUAGGAGAUAUAUUUAAAGAAAAAUAUGUGCUUAAUACUUCAUGUUUAUCUUUGCAUUAUUUACAAGUAAGUACGUUAAGAGUAUUAAGUAACUCAGUUUUUAUAGUUUUUUAGGACAGAAUUUGGAAUAAAUUACAAAUGCUUAGGGUUAUAUAAUUGUAUAGUAAUGGCUAAAUUUUUCAGUAUUAGUAUAAAAAGAAUGGACCAAUCACUGGGCCAAGUAUUAAAAGAUCUUAGUUGCAGCAUGGUUUUGCCUUUGUGUUCUUAUUUGUAAAACAUGGCUCAUUUGUUAAUAGUAUUUUUGUAACAGGGAAAGUAUCUAUGCAAUCAAAGACAUUGUAAAAUUAACUUAAAGUUUUCACUCCA